AUGACAGGCAUCGCAAGGAUCAGGCUGCUUUUCCUCUUAACCCUUCUCCUAGCAGGCACAGCUCUCUCGGCUCGCAUGACCAACCCCAAGAAAGUCCCCAAGAAUGCAGUCUUGCUAUCCAAGGUUUCUGCAAUCACCGUCCGCGCCGGUAAACAAACCACCUCCCGCCGAGUCUCUCCGGUGCCCCAAUUACGAUGCGUGGGACCCUCGAGAAUAUGCAAGCUAUACACGGUUGAUGUCAUGAGGUGCACCAAUGAAGGUUCGGACUAUGAUGAAAACAAUGUGCAGUGGAGCUGCAGAGCUUCCCUUCCAGAAGAAUUCAAGCUCGGGAGCACAGACGUGACAUGUGAGGGCUACGAGAGCAGCGAAGAUCCAUAUGUUCUCUCGGGAAGUUGCGGUGUCGAGUACACCCUUCUGUUGACAGAAAAGGGAGAAGAAAAGUAUGGUUCUGGCAGCUUUAUGGACUUUCGUGGCUCUGGUGGCCGUGAGAAUGCGGCGGAGAAAUACGCAGGCUACCUGUUUAUGGCCUUGUUUGGUCUGGUUCUGUUCAUCAUCUUGCGCGGCCUUUACAAUGCCUGGCGCAACGAGCCAUCACGAAGGAGGCCGCGAGGAGGCGGCGGGUUUGGGGGAGGUGGAGGCGACAACGACCCUCCGCCGCCCUACGAUCCUCGGCCACCUCCACGCCCAAAAAAGGCCAGCUGGUCAUCAAGCUCGGGUUCAAGAUCCGAAACUACAGGCGCUAGAAAUCAGGACCAAGGCUGGCGGCCCGGAUUCUGGACUGGUACGGCGGCUGGUGCUACUGCAGGAUACUUGGCUGGAAGAGGAGCGCGUACACAACCUGCGCCGCCACAACCAAGGCCGGCUACCGGUGGAUGGUUUGGAGGUGGCGGAGAGGCGUCGUUAAGGGAACCAAGUCCCCCGCGCGUGCGCUAUUCGAGAACAAGACAUGAAAGCACGGGAUUUGGAGGGACGAGCCGGCGGUGA